AUGUCGCGCCAUCUGCGCUGUCUGCCUGCGGUGGGGCGAGUGUACAAGCCCGCCGCGCGCAUCCCCGCCGGGGCGCUCGCCAGGACUUCUCGUGCGCCCCAACGGCGUCUUCCCUACCCGCGCACACCAGAGGUAUAUCCCAGCACAGAGAACCCGCCGACGGCAAAACGCGUGCGUUUCGCACGCGCGACGCGGACAUUCCUCCCUGGCAACCCCACGGCAUCCGCGCGUCCUGCCGCUGGACACCGUAACCGCGCGCUGCUCGCACGCGCAAUGACCGCGGGCCCAGGCCCGGGCACCGCAUGUCCGAACGUCCCCGCACGGCGGGGUGCGCCACCCCGGGGCGGCACCGGGCGACAGUCUGGCAUGCGUGCAACCAAGGGCCGCCUCUGUCCUUGUUUCGACUGCUGUGUACCGACAGCACAGGCGUGCUGGUCGUCGGAAUGGACGGUGCCUGUGGUGCAUAGAAUUGACGUUUAG